AUCUUAUGACAAUUCAUCAACUCUACACUACUCAACCAUACAUAUUAGUACACAAUAAUUCAAUUAUCUUUAUUUUCUGCAUUCGAUUUGGAAAAUGGUGGCUGUUAGCAACAUAGAUUUCGAUUGGGUGAAAGAAGUUAAGGAAUUCGACGAAAGAAAAACGGGAGUUAAGGGUCUGGUGGAUGUGGGAGUGAAGGAGAUUCCCCAUCUUUUCGUGCAUCCACAGGAGGUCAUAGACCGUUACCCGACAGCCAAGGGUGCAGCGGUGGAACUGCCCGUGAUAGACCUGACUGGGGCGGAGAGUGGGGGAGCAAGGCGGAGGGAAGUGGUGGAGGCGAUCGGUAAGGCUGCCAGAGAAUGGGGAUUCUUUAGCAUCAUCAACCAUGGCGUUCCGUUGGAAACAAUGAAAGCCAUGUUGGAAUCUAUAAAGAGAUUCCACGAGCUCCCAGACGAGGAGAAGGAGUCGCUCUACACAUACGAGAGGAGUAAGCUAGUGAAGUGGAACAGCAACCUCCCCGCGCAGAAAGGCGAUCCUGCUUGUUGGAGGGAUGUUUUGAAUGUUGUUUACACUAAUGAUCAUCUUGACCCUAAUGAAAUUCCUUCAGCCUGCAGGAAGGAAACGGAGGAGUAUGUGAAGUACAUGAUUGAGGUGAGGGAACUAAUGGCGGAGUUGUUCUCAGAGGCCUUAGGGCUUCCGAGUGAUUACUUAUCGAAAAUGGAGUGCAUGAAAAGCCAGUCCAUUUCAUGCUUGUAUUACCCGGCUUGUCCCGAGCCUCACAAGACCUUAGGAGCCCCAAAGCAUUCCGACACCACUUUCCUCACCUUGCUCAUCCAGGACACCCUUGGUGGCCUCCAGAUGCUUCGCGACAACCAAUGGGUCGAUGUACCACCCGUUCCUGGGGCCCUCAUCGCCAACUUCGGUGAUCUCAUGCAGAUUCUUAGCAACGACGAGUUCAUAAGCGUGGAGCACAGAGUGUUGUCCCAGUUGGCGGGGCCGAGGAUCUCCGUGGCAACCUUCUCCACACCGAGCAUCCGAGCAGCGGGGAAGCCGUUUGGUCCGAUCAAAGAGCUGAUCACCAAAGAGAAGCCUGCGGUCUAUAGAGAUUUCAUGUUCGAAGAGUACUUCCAAUACUACAAAACAAAAGGAGCUCGAGUUGAAUCAGCCUUCGAUUACUACAGGAUUAAUAAAUAAAUAUUGGUUUUGCAAAAACAUGAUUUUAAUAUAGUACCUUUCUGUUGUUUAAAUUAUCUUUAUUUACACUUGUGAUGUUUCAUCGGAUCGAGCUUCAUGAUCAUGCAUGAUGCACAUGGUGUGUUUGCUUUGAUAGCUUUAGAAAUAAAACCUCAUCUUACUGGAAA